AUGGAUAUUACUAAAUAUUAUAAAGAAGAAGUUCAACAAGAUGAAAAUGCUUCUACUUUUCCACCGAUUUUUAUCAAUUCCAAGCAUAAUCCUACUUUAAAUUCAUUUUCAAUUAUAAAUCAAGUAAAAAAUAAAAAUUCAGAAAAGAAUUCAAUGAAUAAUUCCUCAGUAACUCCCACAAAUUUAAAUUUAAAUUUAAAUUUAAGAGAUUUAUGUCCAAAUAAAUCAAAUAAAAUAAACAUGUUUAACCCUACUACAAAUAUGGAUAAUUCAAUAGUAGUCAACACACCAAUUAGUAUGUUAAGUAAUUAUAAUGAUUCACAAAGAAAUCUUAAUGAAAAUAAGCAAGAUAAUGAUGGAAUAAAUUCGAAUAAUGGUAAUGAUGUAAAAAAUAUUGUGGAAUCAAUUAAUGUACCAGCGAUAUUUGAUUCGUCAUUAAAACCUCCAAGUUUUGAUUUAGAAAAAAUUAAUGAUACAAGAAGAAUCUUAUCCAUUGAUUCUAGUAGUGACAUUGGAAAUAGUCCAAAAUAUGAAAGAAAAGAUAUUAAAAGUUUGUAUGAAGGAGAAUUAGAUGAAGAUGAUUUAUCAUUUACCGAUGAUUUGAUUUUAAAUUCUACUAAUAAUAUUGACCAUGUUAAUAAUGAUGUAGUUAAUAGAAAAUUAGAUGAUAAUUUUGACGGACAGCCAUUUUAUCAUAUUUAUGAUUAUGAAAAUAGAUUAGAAAGAGGUGAUGAUUCAAUGUUAUUAAAUCAAUUCAUGGAAAAUCAAUUGUUUGAUAAUGAAAUACGAUUCCCAAAAGAGUUACAAUUCUUAGAAUUGCAAGAAUUUUUGAAAAAAGAGAUUAUCUUUUAUAUAUUUUUUGGUAUUGAUAGAUUUGGAUUUUUUAAAUUAAAAGCAGAGAGAGAAUAUUUUUAUAGUUCAAUUUGGAAUAUGUAUACUUCACAAUUUGAAUUAGAAAAUGGAGUAUCUGAUAUAACUUUAUUAGAAUCUUGGAAAUAUCGAAAACCUUCUAAAAAUUAUGAAAGUUCCGAGAGAGAGAGUGAUAAUGAAUUUACAGAUACAGAGGAUUAUGAUAAUAGUUUUUAUGAGCAGAUGAGUUAUAGCGACGAAUAUUUAGAUAUCGAAAAUGGUUUACAAAAUAAUUAUAGCAUGCCGAAAACUGGAGACGUAUUGCAAUCUGAUUUAAAAUUAUCCAAAGCUACAACUCAAUCUGGUAUUUGA